AUGGAACUGAACGGUGCUCUGUUAACGUUAGCGUUACACGACCGGCAGAAGCAGCUGGAGAAGGAAGCCGCUGAGAGAAGACUCGGACCGCUGUUGGAGCAGUGUGGGCAGGCGCGCGCGGGUGCCUUGGGCGCGGCCCUCCAGCAGAAGAGCGGUGGGGGCAGCGAGGGGGUGUCCCCUGUACUGCAAGCGCUGCUGCACUCCCUGCUGAAACCCCCUCUUCUUUCUUCUGCUUCCGCCCUGCCCCACUCCCUCUCUAUCUCAGUGGGCGCGGCCCUCCAGCAGAAGAGCGGUGGGGGCAGCAGCGAGGGGGUGUCCCCUGUACUGCAGGCGCUGCUGCACUCCCUGCUGAAACCCCUCUUUCCCCUUCUGCUUCCCGCCUGCCCUACCCUGUCUCUCCUCAGUGGGCGCGGCCCUUCCGCAGAAGGGCAGCGGGGGCAGCAGCGAGGGGGUGUCCCCUGUACUGCAGGCGCUGCUGCAGCCGCUGCUGGCGCAGUGCGGGCAGGCGCGCGUGCCUGCGCGCGUGCACGUGGACUGGGGGCAGCGGCGGGACGAGGCGCUCUGUCAGGCCGUGCGGGCCACUGCAGCAGAACGGCUCUACGUGGGGAACAAGAGGUGGGUGGGUGGGGAUCAAGCGGGAUCUGCCAGGCCGUGUGGGCCACUGCAGCAGAACGGCUCUACGUGGGGAACAAGAGGUUUGUCUUCCGCCUUCUCACUCAAUCCACACACCCCUUGCUCCGCCGCCUCCCCCCUGGCUGCAUGCUAGUGGUGGGCCAACCAGGCUCCUCCUCCUCCAAACGCUCACGCAAGUCCAAACCACGCAAAGGCAUCCCCUCCACGGACUGGGAGGCAGAGCUGCAGCGGGUGGCCAUCGGGCAGCAGAGGAUCGUGUCUCUGUGGGAUAGAGCGGAGGUGGCGGGUCGUGUGCGUGCCGGGAGUGCUGCUGCCGCCUUGGGAAGCCCUGGCGGGGUGCCUGCUGCUGGUAGCGUUGGCUUUGGUGCUGGUGCUGCUGGUGCUGCUGGUGCUGCUGGUGGUGUUGGUGCUGGUCGUGGUGGUGGUGGUGGGGGUGUUGCUGCUGGUGCUGGGGUGCCAGCGCGCCUCCAGCAGAGACGGGCGAACCCCAGGGGCCGAGGCUUCUUCCCCUCUUCCUCCUCCGUCAGUGGUACUACCAGCACCAGCAGCAGCAGCAGCAAGGGGGGACAGGGGGGGCACGGGGGGUAUGGCAAGGGGACGGGGCAGGGGGAGAAGACGUAUGGUGGGGGGAGAUCGCAUGGGGGGAGAUCGCAUGGGGGGAGAUCGCAUGGGGAUAAGUCUCCUCUGUGGAAGGGGUUAGAGAGUGUGGCAGCUGGGUUGUCUGCUAUUCACUCUGAUAUGCAAGCUGCCAAGAGCUCAGGUGGACGUUCAGGUGGUUUCUCAGGUGGUUUCUCAGGUGGGUUUUCAGGUGGGCGGACCGGGUGGCAUUCGCACCAGGGGAGCGAGGAUUUCCAUGUGAAGGGAAACGAGUUUGAGGGAAUCGACACGAGCCUACUCAUCGUUCCUCGUAUCGCCCCAACCUCAGCCUCUGUAGGAGGUUCGGCGGCAGGCUUAGGAGCAGCUUCGGUAGGCUCGCCGUCGCCGAACGUAACCCUGCUCACAGGCCCAGUGGGGGGUAGAGGGACCGGAGGAAUGAAGGUAGCAAGGACUCAACCUGUGGUGGUGGGGAAGAAGCUGUGGGUGUCUGGCAGGAGGAGCAUGGGGAGUGAGGGUGAGAUGGGGGGUGGGGUCGAGGCAGUAGCAGCAGAGGUUGCAGCAGCAGUAGGGAACGCUGCAGCGGUGGCAGCAAGAGAAGGGUCAAGAGAUGGUGGGUCGUGUGGUGCUGCUAGCCCUGCUAACAGCAGCAGCAGCAGUAAUCCGGGAAUGGGGAGCACUGAGCAGCAAGCUUUCCCUAUCCCGCUUCCUUCCUCCUCGUUCUCGUCCUCCUCCUCCCAAGCCGGAUUCCAAACCAGCCGGGUAGACUCGGCGGACUGCCACCGCUUCCCCCCGGACCAGAUUCUCCGAGCCACGGGGGGCUUCUCGCCCUUGCAGCUGAUUGGCCAAGGCAGGCUCGGGCCGAGCUACCGGGGGGAGAUAUUUGGGUGCCAGGUGGCGAUCAAACUGCUGACUGUGCAUGAGGACACGUGUGGAAGAACAGACAAGAAUGAGAAGACUGAAAAGACUGCAGUAGAUGGUGCAGAGGGGGGAGGGGGAAAGCAGGAAGAGGAGCGAGUGGUGGAAGCAGAUGGUGCCGCUGUUGCCUCAUCGGGUGCGUUUGGCUCCUUCGGUUCAUCCGGUCUCCUUGAUCCGUCCACAGAAGGGGGAGGUCAAGUGUCCCGAGAGAGAGUACAAGCAGCAGUGCAAGCAGCAGUGGACGUGUUAAGGCGGCUCAGGCACCCGCACCUGCUGCUGCUGAUGGGCCACUGCCCCGAGUACCCCUGCCUUGUGUAUGAGUUCGCUCCUGGGGGCAGCCUCUCCUCCCGCCUCUCCCGCAUCCACUCCCUUAUUGCCGCUGCCACUGCUGCUGCUGCUGGUGAUGGUGGUGGUGGUUCUGGUGGUGCUGGUGGUGCUGCUACUGGAGCAGAGGAGGGUGUUGGUAACAGCAGCAGCGGUGCAGGGGACGGUGCUGCUGCUUCUCCUAGUGGAGAACGGGGCAUUACCUUCAGAGAGGAGGAAGAGGAGGAGCUAGAGGCAAUAUGGCUGUCCUGGGUGGACCGGCUGCGACUGGCCUCUGAGCUGGCAGGAGCGCUGCUCUUCAUGCACCAGCACUCGCCGCCCGUGCUGCACGGCGCCGUGACUCUACAGAACGUGCUUCUGGACCGAAACUCCGCGUGUAAACUCAGCGGUGCUGGCCUCUCAUUCUCCUCGUCUCCCUUCUAUGGUAGCCUGGGGAGCAGCCCUCUCUCUGCUUCUGCCUCUGCCUCGGAUUCUGACCCCAGCAGCAGCACAGCAGUGGGAGCGGAGGGUCCAGGCCAGCAUGGCCCCAGCAGCACGGGCGUACAAAGUGACGACCUGCAUGCAUACGGCAUUGUGGUGUUACAGCUGGUAACCGGCAUCACCAGCCCCUCACUUAUCCACUCCCUCAUGCACACGCACUCGACUGCAGCAGGAGGUUCAGGGGCAGGUGGUGGGGGUGGGAUGGAUGGGCACAGGGAAGACUCAGCUGGGGAAGCAGCAGGCAGGGUGGCCGGGGGAGGGGUUUCUGGGGGAGGUGUUACCUGCGGGUUCAACCUGGCUGAGGCUGUAGACGUGUUUUUGAGCCGACUGGAUGUGACAGCAGGGGAAUGGCCGGUGGAGAUUGCAUCUGUGGUGGUGCUUCUGGCUCUGCGCUGUGCUUCGGGACAGGCAGAGCUUCGGCCGGAUCUGGCGGCUGAGGUGCAGCCGGCCCUGUCGGCUUUGGCUCGGGAAGCGGAGGAGAGUUUUGGGCGGGCAGCCCGGCAGAUGCUUAGGUCUGCCCUGAGAAGAAGGGACUUCUCUUGCUUCCAAAAGAAAGCUGUGAAGCUCAUGGCGGGUGCGCGCACCAAAGUUCUUGCUCUGGGCGGCUCUUUUGCCUCCACGCUGCUGCUCCCCCCGCACGCGCGCGCACCCUCCCGCGGAGGCCCCCCGCAGCUGCGCGGGGGAGUUCCCGCCCUCCUCCCCAUCACCCUCUCCGAACCCCAGGAGCGCUCCCUGAAGCAGCUACAAACGAGGAUACAGCCGCCGUUUGAAAACGACAAGGAGGAGCAUAGAUUGGCGCUGGUAGAGCUGUGGGAGCAGGCGUAUCCGGGGCGGGUGUUGACUGAGGAGGUGGAGGUGGCGGGGUGGAAGGAGAUGGGGUGGCAGGGGAAGAAUCCGGCCUCGGAUUUCAGGGGCGGGGGAUUUUUCGCGCUGGAGAAUUUGGUGUACUAUGCUCGCACGUACCCGGUGCGUUGGGGGAGGGAGGAGGGGAAGGGAGCGGGGAAAGGGAGGGGGGGAAGGGAGCGGGGAAAGGGAGUGGGGGAAGGGAGGGGGGGAAGGGAGGGGGAAAAGGGAGGAGGGGAAGGGAGGGGUAGGAGGUCGUUUCAGCGCAUCAUGCACAAGCAGGAGGGUCGCCGGGUUGAGUGGGAGUACCCGUUUGGAGCAGCAGGGGUGAACAUCACCGUACUCCUUAUAAGCAUUCUCGACUUGCGCAAGGACAUCCCCGCAACAGUAGCUGGACGGGCCUUCCUGAAGAUGCUACCAGAGCACCCAACAGCGUUUGAGGACCUCUACUGUGUGACGUUUGAGAUGCUGGACGCUAACUGGCUGGAGCUCAAGGCGUCGUACAUGGAAUUCAAUGUGGUCAUGCAAGCCACACGAGCAGAGCUGGAACGCCAUAUGUGCCAGCCCAGCUUCACUACCAUCUCUGACCUUCCCGCCUUCGCCAGACUCACAGCAGAGUAG